GGUCCGUACCCUCUUUGUCAGCGGUCUACCAAUAGACAUCAAACCCAGAGAACUUUAUUUUUACUAUUUCGACCAUUCAAGGGUUAUGAAGGAUCAUUGAUCAAGUUAACCUCAAAACAGCCUGUAGGCUUUGUUACCUUUGACAAUAGAGCUGGGGCUGAAGCUGCAAAAAAUGCCUUAAAUGGCAUCAGAUUUGAUCCAGAGAACCCACAGACCUUAAGGCUAGAGUUUGCCAAGGCCAACACAAAAAUGGCCAAGAACAAAUUAAUGGCUACACCUAAUCCCACAAACCUGCACCCUGCACUUGGAGCACAUUUCAUUGCACGAGAUCCAUAUGACCUAACAGGUGCUGCACUUAUCCCAGCUUCACCAGAAGCCUGGUCUCCCUAUCCACUGUACACUACAGAGCUGGCACCAGCAAUCCCACAUGCUGCUUUUACAUACCCAGCAGCAGCUGCUGCAGCCGCAGCCCUCCAUGCACAGAUGCGUUGGUAUCCUCCAUCUGAAGCCACUCAACAAGGAUGGAAGUCCCGCCAGUUCUGCUAA